AUGGCCAAUACAAUGUCGAGUGUCAUUUUGGAAGGGCUGAACUCCGAGCCCUUCGACAUGAAUCUGACAUCGUUGUCGUUGGAAUCGUUGAGUAAUCAGAAGCUGCUGCAAACUCUUAGUGACGUCCUUGUGUGGAUUCAGGGAACAGAAACCGUGGACAUUAGAUCAGAAUCACCGGAAGAAACAGCUAUUAGGAUCUUGAAUACGUUGAGGAUUCUGAAAUAUCCUCCACCACGCGACAUCGAGCAGAUGUAGGUAUAAACACUUUGUUCAAGUUAAAAGUACUUUCAAAGAUUUCAAUUACUAUACUUAUUCUGUUGUCCAUACUUGACAAACCAAGCUAUAAGUGGCAAGACAGAACAUAAUAUUGUGUAGACAAAUAUCUCGUUACAGGCAAGCAUGGAGGCUAGAUCUUCUAGAAGGCCAAAAGCAAGCCGUGUAUCCUAUACUAGAGUGGAUCUUUAAUGAUAUAGACAGGCUGAAGGAACGAGUGUAUCUUGCCAACUACCUUACUAUAACAGACAUACCAAUCGAAGAGCAAUCUCCAGAUGUACAACAGCUAAUGGGUAAAGUACAACAGAAAAUGCAGGAGUUUAAAGUAAGCGUUAGAAACUAUGCUUCACACCUUUAAAAGUACAUUUUCUUUCAUAUAGGUAACAUUAGCGUCCUUACUAAAUACCGUGGUAUUACAUUUUCAGACCUUGCACUCAAAAAUUGUCGAAAUUCGAUCAGACUUCGUCCAUGCUGAAGACAUCCGCUCAGAUCUGAAGACCAUGUACGAAGAGAAAGAGCAAAUAAUAAGGUCCAUCGGAAGAAGCAAACAACGAGUAUCUCAUCGACAAAACAUCAAGAAUGAGUUGGAGUUGGCCAAGAGAUAUCGACAGGUUUCGGAGAAGUACAACGACCUUGUCUUUCAGCAAGAAGAACAACGAAAUGCUGUAAGCUUAUCAAAUUUUUAAAAACUCGUACAACUUUUAAUUUUGUCUGAGCUAGCAUUGGAAGGACACCUUAUUUUUGUGCAUUAAAAAAUAAGUUGACAUACGCAUAUGAGUAGUAAUCGAUGACAUUGUAGCUAAUCCACGCAGAACAACGUGCCCAACGCCUUCGUCGGCUACUUAAUGAUGCUCAAAAAGAACGAGAAAUGAUGGAUCCAACAAAACUUAUUCAAAAAUUUAAAGUAAAUUUUUAAUAGUCUAUUGUUAACCUUAUACCCUUUUACAGCAUAUCUUUUCACUUUAUUUCCUUGUACUUUUAAGCCUAUAUCCCUUCACUUUACAGCAAGAACUAGACGUGAACAAGUAUUUGGUCAAUGAAAAACUCAAAAACGACAAAGAAGAACUACUGAAGGGCAUAAGUCUUGUAAACAAAAUUCUUUCCACAGCUCAAGUCAACCAAGAAGACAUUAAGAAUAUGACACAACAAGUAAGACACAAUUCACUUUUUUUUUAAUUUUAGACUAUUUGCUAGUAUAUGUACGUAUCAAUAAUCUUACUCUAAAUAUGUUAUAAUGACUUAUACCCUAGAUUGAUUCACUCAACCAAGAGAUCAAAGAAACAUUGCUAGAAAGAGACAAGACAGAUGAAGAUCAAGAAGACAAACUCGGCAUCUACCGUCAUCAAAAGACUGGAGUACAACGUCGAAAGGCCGCUGUAGCCGACAAGCUAAAUUCAUUACGGUAAUUUUUUGAAAGUUAAUUUAUUACAGUACCAACUACAGUAAUUUUAACAAGUCUUUAAAAAUAAUGCCUAAUUAACGUAUUCAGACAAGAAUUAUCGUACCUAGAAGCUACAGUAGCUCAGAAGAAGAAAGACAUAAUGCAGAAAACUGGCAUUGAGGAAUUCAUAACUUCUGCCCAAGUAAGUUUUGAAACGUUAGUAACUAAAAUAUUGCUGAAUCUAUCACCAAUAUGAUUAUAGUUCAAAAAGUACAUAAAUGUUGUGAGAACCAAGACCAACACAUACAAGAAGAAAAAGAUGGAGAUUGAAUCAUUGACAAGCGAGAUGAAUAUACUUCAAAGAACGGCCGACAUAUUGUCCAAAAACUGGGAAGAUCUCAGGGAACAACUUGUAAGUCAUUUGUAAAGACAACUUGAACUAAUAAACAUAUUAUGUAUACAAAUACGUACUUUUACUUUAUCUACAGAGAUUUAAGUAUUGAGAGAGAGCACAGAAUUAUGUGAACAACCUAAUAUAUAAGAUUCCUAUAGAAAUGUAAGCUAAUAGAAACUGUCUUAGGAAUCAGACGGCCGUGGAAUCAUAGAAGACGAAGAAGUGAAUGUUAUGGAACGACCAAAAACGGCGAAACCCCAGAACACAAACCUGAAUGAACUGAAAGAAAUGGUCAAAGAACUAAGUGAUCAAUUGGUACAGAAACGAGAAGAAAUAGCACAACUUUCACAACAAGUUCAGAAUAUUUCCAGCGAACGAAAGGUAACACUACAUUAACCGUUUGUCAAUAAUGAUUGCCUUUCAAAACCACAUCUCUAUUACUAAACUGAUGCUAUAUUCUUAUUUUUUAUUACUAAACUAAUGCUAUUUAGAAAGAAAAUGAGAGUAUUAUGGAGAUGAAGAAGACCAUCAAGGAGUUCAGAGAGAACCACACGCACCAAAAAGAAAACUUGGAUAAAGUAAUUUUACCUUUGUUAACAUAAGAAAUGUGGACAUAAUAACACAAAACUACACAUAUAAAGUAUCAAAACAACAAAUAAAGUACCUGAUCAUCCCCUUCUUCCAGGAAAUAAAGGAUCUCCAAAAGACAAACACAGAACUCCAAGACAAAAAGGAAAAGCUGGCCAAGGAGAUCGACCGGUAUGAAUGGUUCCAGGAAACGGUCAACAAGUCAGAAGGCGAAGAAGACUUGAUUCGAAUUAUGGAGCGACAGAAGGCAGAAGCUUUGAGCCAUGUCGAAAGAAUCGACAACGAACUUCAACGCUUCAACAAUCUGUCAGAUCCAAGCGAGCAAAUUGUCAUGUGGAAGUCACUGAUCGAGCUGUAUUCCCUCAAGUUAGACAUUAUAAACCAAAAGUAAGAUAAAUCCAUAAAAAAUGAGUAUUAUAGUUGGCCUUGAAGCCUAAAAUCAGGCUUGAAAAAGGUUUUUAGGUUAUUUUUGUAAUAAAACAUACUAAAUCAGUUUUUUUUCAGAAAAGGUUCGGAUCAUCCCAUUGGAGACUAA